AUGAUGAAUUCUGGCAACAACAACAACUCUGGUCCUACUAAUGCUGGAGAUAAUGCACUGUAUGAAGCUGAGCUUGCUGCUUUCUACCAAGAUCUCGAACCGCUGGCUGGGACUGGGACUCUUCCUAUCCUUGCACCUAAUGUUGUCGAAGAUGAGGAGCAAGAAGCCUUUCACCCACUCGGAGUCAGCAAUCCGUUACUCGACGUCUCCAGUACAGAGUAUCUUUGCUCGUUGGUUAAUGAUUCGCUUUGGUUUUCCAAUACAAACCUCCUCACUCAAUUACCCUUAAGAAUGACAUUCCUCGUCGUCCGGAACCACCAGUUCUCUUCAUGGUCGAAUCUAGUAUCCUACUUGAACCAGAAGAUGGCUACGCUUGGCGAUCUUUGA